AUGUACAUCGGAACACUCCUCUACGGAGUCCCAUUAUGCGACAUCAUACAUUCAUUUUGGUGUCCCGUCCCCCAACGUGUACCAUGCAAAUCGAUACAGUGGUCUUUGGACACCGGAAACAAAACAACACUAUCAUCAUCCAAACGACAAAAGCCAACACUGA